AUGACCACCGAUAAGAGUGUCGAGAAGCUGACAGGCAGCCUGAAAGAGCUGGUCAUUGGUGCCAGUGGUAAAAUCCCUGGUUUCUUGCACGGAGAAAUCAGGUGCCUGGUUCAAGCGUGCGGUGCUCAAUUUGUGGAGGUUGAAGGGGGCAUCAAGGAUUGCACGCAUCUCAUUACCACAAUUAGGGGUGUCAACAAAAGCUACAGAAAAGUUACCCUGGCCGACAGCGAAGGUUGUCACAUCGUCACCAUGGACUGGCUGCUCAAGACCCUCAAAAAGAAAGCUCCGCAAAAGGUCCAGAAGUACUUGCUUAAGCGCAUCAAGUUGAAGAAUGACAUUGAGACUACAUCAUCGAAGCGUGGUCGUGAAGAUGAUAGUGACAAGGAAGACAACGCUUCGAAGAAGACAGCCUUGUCUUCGAAGAGGGGCAGGAUGGAGACCAUCAGGCAGCACAACUUCGAAACACUGAGUGAUCUGGUGGGUUACAAUUUUGAAGACAGCGACGAGGAGCUUACUGUUUGGCUCGACGAUUCGGGUUUCCUAUGGGAUGUCAUUCUCGUGAAAUUUGACGAACAAUAUGGCGCUGCCAAGUUCUUGCGCCUUCAAAUCCUGAAUUCCCAUGAUGAUGACAGUGGGCUUUCAGUCUGGCUCUGCCGCUACCAUAGCACGAUCGCCGUCAAAGAUAUCGACGGAGAGCACUUCGAAGAGCGCUUCAAAGAUUUUGCUUCGACCAAGAUGAGGUUUGGGAAGGCUUUCAGGAAGUUCACUGGACUGGACUGGGAUGACCGUGAUUCCGACCCUCUUGUCCACCGUUGGAUCUUUCUGAAAAUGAGCCAUGGUAUGGCUCCUCUUGAGCGGGAGACUGAGCAGGUAAUCCCCGAGGUUCUGGCGGUUUUGAGAUUGAUCUUUGGCGCAGAUUAUUUGUUCCACUAUACCGCUGCGCUCACUGCAAGGGGAUACAGUUUUUCAUUCACCACCCGAGAAGAUAAAGUGUGGUUUCGGAUUGCGUUGGCAUGUGUGGAAAUGAAUUUGAAACUUGGCAUUGAUGAUACCAAGAAGGAAACGCGCAUUGCCCUUCAAAAGAUGAUCUAUUCGAUGGUUUCUCAAUCCGCUCAAUCCGCUGUUUCGGUCUUCAAUAUCCCCAGUGCAAAAGCGGGCAACUUCAACUUCGAUGCAAGAGUGUUUGAAAGUUUUGAACUGCUGCUGAAGCUGCAAGAUGCUUUUGACAUUAUGGAGUAUUCGGAUGAUUUGGCAAGGAGCCUCAGCCAGAUAUACCAUAGUCUUGGUUUGGCGAAAAUGAAUCUUGUUGAUGACACUUCAGCAGAGUUCAAAGGGCUCCACGAGUACCUUUACAACACUUCAAGUAAACAUCAUCAGCAUCAGUUCAAGAACGUGAUUAACAUAUUCCGCUUGGAACGUGCAGGAGAUAGAGAGAGGUUCUCCGAGUGGCAGAAAAGGGUUGGUGGUAAGGGAGACCGGCGACUGCUCUGGCACGGCUCAGGCUGUGCCAAUUUUGCCGGGAUCUUGACGCAAGGCCUGCGCGGCGGUGGACUCGUUUCCCCCAAUGGUAAAUCAUUUCUUCCAGGCAUUUAUUUUGCCGAUAUGUCGACCAAAUCUGCCGGGUACUCAGGAGCUACUGCAACCAAAGAAUGUCUCAUUAUGCUGUGUGAGGUCGAGUUGGGCCUCAGUGAAGCAGUAGCGGGCCGAAGAGUAGGCGCCACCACUCACAACGCAUGGCGAACUGCUGGAUAUAUUCACCCGGAUUUCAUGAAUGUGAGGGUGCCAGAUAUUAAUGCCGGUACAACCACCAAUACUGGAGCGGGCUUGUAUCACUGCGAGUACAUUGCCCAUGACCCAGCUCAGGUCAUCCAGCGAUACUUGUUUCACAUCAAGCUGAAGUGA